CAAUUUCUAACGUCAGUCUCACAGUAAACGUGAACGAAUCAAGGUCCGCGCGACGCUACGCAACGAAAAAAAAAAUAAAUCUAUUUUUUUAAAUUUAAUUUUCUUUUUUUGUAUUUUUAAAUUUUUCUUUUUUUGUAAUUUUGAUUCAGAAAAAUAAAAUAUAUAAUAAUUUUUGUAUCUUUAUAAUUCGAUUCGGCUCAACUAACUGAUCUUGUUUUAUAUGCAAUUUAGUUCGAAUGUAUAAACAACUUCCCGCUGUUUUCCUUCCUUUCUGUGUGUCUCUCAAUCUACUAUAAAAAUUAAAACGAAGCAAAAAUAAUACAAACAAAAAAUCCAAAACGAAAGAACAAGCAAGGAAAAUGUAUAAACCAUAAAGCAAAAGUAUAACAACAACAACAACAACAUAAAAAUUAUUUCUCGGCUAAACACGACACAGUGCAAUAAUUCUUUCAAGAGGAAACGAGGAAGUUCUUCAGAUCGAAGAUCCAUGCAUUCGGAUAAGAUCGAUGAUGAUGAUGCUGCACCAACCCACGACCGAAAGACACAAAAAGAUUAUGUUACAACAUACGUCAAAUGGAGGAGGACGUAGAGUGACAUCAGCACCGGCAACGGCUUACCUGGCAGCUGUGGUGGUGAUAUUUUUAACGACAACAUGUUCCUCAUGCGAAGGGUCUCCUUGCCAAUCGUUCCACUGGUGGGAUCCAUUUCAGGAUAAAUGCAUUCCAUGCACAGAAUGUUCGGGUCAAAAAAUUGUUCUAAGACCCUGUCAAUUGCACAGAGACACGAUAUGUGGCUCAAUAUAUGAUUUAGAAAUUGAUUGGAUGCUUCUGGCGAAAACUGAGCCAAAUUGGAAGGAGCGUCGAAAGGAAAAAAUUCUACUUGUCGAAAAUGAAAAUAGCCAUAAUCAAGAGGAGAACCUCGAAAUCGACUGGCAGUUGAUGUCCCUAAUUCUAGUGGUUCUGGCUUGUUUGGUGUUCUUCAUCGCAGCCGCCUGUAUUCUUGUACAACACUUGCGACAAUGGCGACAAAUGGAACGCCGAUUAGACAAGGAUGUCGAGGAGUUGUCAGCAAAAUUAAUGGCGAGGUUAGCCGAAGUACAGAGUCUAGAAGGCGGUACGUUUUACAUUGAAGAUGCAAGUUCGAUAAAAAUUCAGAACGUGCGACCGCAACAAAUGCUUUUGAUUGGUGAGAAACAUACAAUCAAGCCCACACAGCCAGGGAAUGUGUACAUUGAAGAGGCCAGUUCCAAAGGAUGAACCUGUUAACAUGAUUUAUGUUUACCUUACAUACUACUCCAAGGACAUCAAGUAAUGUUUGAUUCGAUUGAUUAUUACAACAAUUGAAUCCACAAGAGCCAUUUAAAAAAUCUCGAAUUGAUUUCAAUGGAAAAUACAAAAAUAAAAAAAUACCAGAUAUUAUCACACAAGAAAAUGAUCCUUUGAAUUCAAAAACAAAAACAAAAAACAAAACAACCUUCUGAGUGCAAUGAAACAUUGCUAAUAUAUAAGUAAACGAUGUACAAAAUUAUUAUUAUAUAUUUUGUUGACUUGUUGUAAAAUCUAUUUUUAUUAAUAAUAAUAUAUUUAAUAAUUAUUUUGCUGACAUUUUGUAAAAUGAAAAACAAUAACAAUUAAAACAAAAUUGAAGCAAUUUCAAAAAAAGUCGUCGUUCGUCGUCGCAGUGCGUGCGUCGCUCCUAUUUAAUGCUAAUUAUUUAAUAUUGAGAGCGUUUCCUUUUUUUAUUAUUAUUUUAAUGGCUGCUGCUUAUUUUUAAUUACAAUACAGAAUAACGGUUUUCUUGUAUAUAAUUGUAGUAUUAUAAUAAAAAACCUUUAACGUUAUUUUUAUGUAAUGAAAUUAAAAUUGAAAAUAAAUAGAAAAAAAA